CUUAUUUUUCCCUCAUUAGCAACAAUCUCUCCUCCUCUCAAACUCCAACCGAAUCACUUCCCUCAUCCACAAUUAUAGAAACAACAACAAUUCCCCACUCCCUCUUCUUCUUCUUCCUCUUCUCCUUUUAGGGUUCGUGUUGGCUUCUGCUCAAGAACCCUCCACCAUGGGCAGAGGGAGAGUGCAGCUCAAGAGAAUAGAGAACAAAAUCAGCCGCCAAGUCACCUUCUCUAAGCGUAGAGCUGGGCUGCUCAAAAAGGCCCAUGAGAUCUCUGUCCUUUGCGAUGCAGAUGUUGCCUUGAUUGUCUUCUCCACCAAAGGAAAGCUCUUUGAGUACUCCACUCAUGCCAGCAUGGAGAAGAUCUUGGAAAAAUACGAGAGGUGUUCUUAUGCAGAGAGACCAUUGGCCACAAAUGCAGAUUCUGAUUUACAGGUAAGUUGGUGCGAGGAGUACCCAAAAAUUGCAGCCAGAAUGGAAAUUAUACAGAAGAACAUCAGGCGUUAUUUGGGAGAAGAGCUUGAGCCUUUGAAUUUGAGAGAACUUCAAAGCUUGGAGCAGCAACUUGAUUCAUCACUGAAGCGCAUAAGAGCCAGAAAGAACCAACUAAUGCAAGAAUCUAUCUCAUUGCUACACAAAAAGGAAAGGGAACUGCAAGAGGAGAACAGGCAGCUUGCAAACAAGGUAAAGGAGAAUGAGAAAGCUUUGGUUGAACGUGGACACUGCGAGCUCCCAAACUUGGCUCCCUAUCAGCCCAUUUUGCCAAUGCCACCCCCAAUUCCUUCUUUCUCUAUUGGAGCAAACUUGCAUGAUGGGAGAGGCUCAACAGGAUCAGAUGAAGAUGAAACAAGGCCAACAAGCACCAACAUCCAAAUACCAGCCUGGAUGCUUAGCCAUGUGACUGAAAGUCAUCGCAACUAAAAGCAACAGCACCGUCGUCGUCUUCUCCGUAGCGGGCGGCGGGCGAGGAGCAGCUGCCCUUACCACCACCACCACCACCUCCAUUGUAACAAAGAAAAUGGCCAUGGGGGAGGGGGAGACAAAAUGACGUUCAUACCCAGUUGGCCACCCCACAAUUACAAAGCCAUAUUGUAUUAUGUAGAUCUCAUGUGCCUCCAAAUUCAUUUAAAACUCUCAGAAGAAAAUUGAAUUGUGGUUACUUCCAUUUCUUUUUCCUA